GUCUCCAGACAUCGCAAGCCAUCUGCAAGCUCGAGCCUCACUCUAAAACCGCAGGACACCACCGGUGAUAGCAGCGCAAUGGCGACCAGCACCAUGGCCCUCUCCUCCACGGCCUUCGUCGGCAAGGCUGUCAACGUGCCAUCGUCCCUCUUCGGCGAGGCCCGCGUGACCAUGCGCAAGACCGCGGCGAAGCCCAAGCCGGCCGCCUCCGGCAGCCCAUGGUACGGCCCCGACCGCGUGCUCUACCUCGGCCCGCUCUCCGGCGAGCCCCCGAGCUACCUAACCGGCGAGUUCCCCGGCGACUACGGCUGGGACACCGCCGGGCUCUCGGCCGACCCCGAGACCUUCGCCAAGAACCGCGAGCUGGAGGUCAUCCACUCCCGCUGGGCCAUGCUCGGCGCGCUCGGCUGUGUCUUCCCCGAGCUGCUCGCCCGCAACGGCGUCAAGUUCGGCGAGGCCGUCUGGUUCAAGGCGGGUUCCCAGAUCUUCAGCGAGGGUGGCCUUGACUACCUCGGCAACCCGAGCCUGAUCCACGCGCAGAGCAUCCUCGCCAUCUGGGCCUGCCAGGUCGUGCUCAUGGGCGCCGUCGAGGGCUACCGCAUUGCCGGCGGCCCGCUCGGCGAGGUCGUCGACCCGCUCUACCCCGGCGGCAGCUUUGACCCGCUCGGCCUCGCCGACGACCCCGAGGCCUUCGCCGAGCUCAAGGUCAAGGAGCUCAAGAACGGCCGCCUCGCCAUGUUCUCCAUGUUCGGCUUCUUCGUCCAGGCCAUCGUCACCGGCAAGGGCCCGCUCGAGAACCUCGCCGACCACCUCGCGGACCCCGUCAACAACAACGCCUGGGCCUACGCCACCAACUUCGUGCCCGGCAAGUGAGGCGUCGGUGCCACACCGUUCGAUCUGUAGGGUGUCCGGAUGUGAGCGCGCACUGGUUUCAGUUUGUACCAUGUAAAUUACGAGGGUUCAACCGAGAAGGAAUUGAUGUGUUCAUUGCCUGAU